AACACACCCAACAACAACAGCAACGUUGAUGGUGAUGACGAAGAUGAUGAUGAUGAGUCAUCAUCAAAUUCUCGCUCAAGCGAACGAGUGAUAAUAAAUGUGAGUGGCAUGCGAGUUGAAACUCGCCUGAAUACACUUAGCACAUUCCCUGAAAGUCUUCUCGGAGAUCCUGGCAAACGAGUUCGAUAUUACGAUUCCUUAAGAAACGAAUAUUUUUUCGACAGAAACCGACAAAGUUUCGACGCGAUCCUGUACUACUACCAGAGCGGUGGCAGACUCAGAAGACCAAUCAACGUACCCAUCGAAGUAUUUUCAGACGAAAUUAGUUUCUACGAGUUGGGCGAUAAUGUCAUCGAGAAAUACAAAGAAGACGAAGGAAUCGUUAAAGAAGAAGAACAGAUUAUGCCGUCUGGUGAGAUUCAAAAGUACUUGUGGCUUUUAUUCGAAUAUCCAGAAAGCUCGAUAGCCGCUCGAAUAAUUGCCAUUCUUUCCGUAAGUAUUAUUCUUCUGUCGAUUGUAACGUUCUGCCUGGAAACGUUACCUACCAUGAAAAAAUACCGCGAAUCGCCUCAUGGCCACACUGACGACAAAACUCGAAACUUGAGCGAAUUCGUCACUCCGUCGCAGUCCUCGCAAAGCCAAAAGUCACAUGAAGAACAAACGCCGCAACAUUCGACGGACAUGAUAGUAGACGACAUGAUAAAGUUCAGCGAUACCUUCUUCAUUAUCGAAACGGGUUGCAUAAUAUGGUUCACCUUUGAGAUCGUCGUCAGAUUUGCAGCUUCUCCAGACCACCUGCGGUUUUUCAAAAACAUCAUGAACAUCAUCGACUUGAUGGCCAUUAUACCAUAUUUCGUAACGCUCAGCACCAUGUUCAGCGAUGAUGCCAAACAAAAAGAUCAAAACAUGUCUCUUGCCAUUCUCAGAGUCAUUCGUCUGGUCAGGGUAUUCAGAAUUUUCAAACUAUCGCGUCAUUCGAAGGGGCUUCAAAUCCUCGGACAGACCAUAAAAGCCAGUUUACGAGAGUUAGGACUUUUAGUUUUCUUCUUAUUCAUCUGCGUCGUACUCUUCUCCAGCGCUGUUUUCUUUGCAGAAACUGAGAAACAAAGCGAUAAAUUUCAGAGCAUACCUCAUGCAUUCUGGUGGGCUGUUGUAACGAUGACGACGGUCGGUUAUGGGGACAUGUACCCCAUCACCACGUGGGGCAAAUUAGUUGGAUCGCUGUGUGCCAUUGCAGGUGUCCUAACAAUCGCGUUGCCAGUCCCGGUGAUCGUGUCCAACUUCAACUACUUCUACAACCGUGAAACGGAUAACCGCGAAAAAGAGAUGUACGUUCACGUUCAGCCCUGCCCGAAU